CCAACGAUAUUAAGCAUGGACUCAUACUCGGCCCUCUGGCGUUCGGUCUGGAGACUAAACAUUGGCCUGGCAUGUGUUUUCAUGGGAGAAAAGGUCAGUCAACUUGUGCAAGAACAGUAUUGCCGCUCAAUUAUUUUAAUUAUAUUCCACUUGAUCAACCGCUUUUCGGGAAGCAUGCUUAAUUCGGUUUCGUGCAGGCUGGCACGCCAUUUAAAAAGGUUAAGUCGCAGAUUUCUCAGCUCGAAUGAGUCGAGCGUGCAGUACGUGCAGGGUCAAUCUCCCGAGCCCAAGAUAAGAGAAUAUUUUUAUUACAUCGACCAUCAGGGAAUGCUUUUUCUGGACGACUCACGGAUGAAAAACUUCACAUCAUGUUUCAAAGAGAAGAAGUUCCUGCAAUUUUUCUUCACGCGCCUUAAAUUAAACACAACAGACCGGUAUCACCCGGCUUUCCCAUUCAUUUCUCCAUGCGGCCGCGAGCGCAAUUUUGUCCGUUGCGACGACCAACCUUUUGUGUACACGCACGUUCUGGGCGACCCUGAGCACAAACAGGCGCUCAGCUAUGGGCACGCAGGCGACCUGCUGACUGUGCCCUUCCAGCCAGACCACAUUUUCGUACACCCAGUCUCUGGCCGCGUCUACCACCCAGCGCCGGAGAAGGUCGGAGGGAUUGGUCUUGUGCGCUCGCAGCUUGCCAUUGAGUUCAGUCAGCACUUUGUGUUUAAGGACGGAAAGCCGGUUGGUUUCAAUUGGGCAGGACGUAAGCACACGCUUCAAACCGACUGGGUGCCGAAAGGAGCGCAGUUCAACCUGGCUCAAGAAGAGUUUUGAAUGACGCCGCUGAUGGGAACUGAGAAGGGUUUGAUCGAGUUGCUGGCGACCCACGACAGCCCGCGCGAAUCCUCGCUUGAAGACUGAAAUUUCAUAAUAUUCUUUUUGAGUUUGAGAAAAUGUACAUUUAUGAUCACAUAAUUGUUAUUAAAAAUUGUUUGAUUAAA